GGAGGGAAGGCGGUGCUUUUCCCUCCCGAGGAUCCGGAGCGUUUCAGGCGGGUUUCAGUCUCUGUGUCCGGGCCACACUUCAUCCAAAAGCCCGCUGCGCGCUCCUCCGCAGGUCGUUUCUCCUCCGGCUGCACCAGUGCUCCCUGUAGGCAGGUUCCACACCGCCAGCGGAGGGUCUGCCGCCCCUCUCUCCCACAGGCCACCAUGAAGCUGACGGACAAUGUGCUGCGGAGCUUCAGGGUCGCUAAGGUGUUCCGGGAAAACUCCGAGAAAAUCAACUGCUUCGACUUCAGCUCGAACGGAGAAACGAUCAUUUCCAGCAGCGACGACGACUCCCUGGUCCUGUACGACUGUCAGGAGGGAAAACCCAAGAGGACUCUCUACAGUAAGAAGUAUGGAGUGGAUCUGAUCAGGUACACGCACGCUGCCAACACUGUGGUCUACAGUUCCAACAAAAUCGAUGAUACUAUCCGAUACCUGUCCCUUCAUGACAACAAAUACAUCCGCUACUUUCCGGGGCAUAACAAAAGAGUGACGUCUCUCUCCAUGUCUCCCGUGGACGAUACGUUUAUUUCUGGUUCAUUAGAUAAAACUAUUCGACUUUGGGAUCUGCGGUCGCCCAACUGCCAGGGUCUGAUGCACCUGCAGGGGAAACCAGUUUGCUCCUUUGACCCGGAGGGUCUAAUUUUUGCUGCAGGAAUAAACUCGGAGAUGGUUAAACUUUAUGACCUGCGCUCAUUUGACAAGGGUCCCUUUGCAACCUUCAAGCUUCAGUACGAUCGGACGUGCGAGUGGACAGGACUCAAAUUUAGCAACGAUGGAAAACUAAUUCUUCUUUCGACUAACGGCGCCGCUCUUCGGGUCUUAGAUGCUUUUAAGGGCGCUGUGGUGCACUCGUUUGGGGGCUACAACAACAGUAAAUGUGUAACGCUAGAGGCAUCGUUCACUCCUGACUCUCAGUUCGUUAUGAUCGGGUCGGAGGACGGAAAGAUCCACGUGUGGAACGCAGAGAGCGGUAUGAAGGUGGCUCUAUUAGAUGGGAAGCACACAGGACCAGUUACGUGCUUACAGUUCAACCCCAAGUUCAUGACAGUUGCAAGUGCCUGUUCCAACAUGGCGUUCUGGCUGCCGACAAUAGACGACUGAGUGAAGUGAAGGCUCGGCUUCUGCUGAAGGCUGAAGAUGGACGUGACCAGCAGGGGUCAGCAAAACCAGCUCUAUGUGAAUAUCGCAGGGAUUUGUGGCAAAUCAAACUCAAAUUGUAAAUAAGUUGUUUUCAGAAAUAGAUUUCUUCUCUAUUGUCCUUUUUUAUAUUUCUAUUUAACAUUAAAUUGUUUCUUUUGUAA